AUAUUAUUUAUGUUUAAAAAACUCGCCAAGGGUUAUAUCAAAAUGAUUUUUAGCUUUUCGUUCGAUUAAACGGAAGAAAACAUCGACUUCCUGCCACAAACAUUCUAUCCAAUGAAGAGCCUUGGCACAAAAUUUCUGAAGACAAGACAAGUCAAUGAAAAAGAAAAACUGUCAAAAUAUUGAAAAAACCGGCAUGCAGUCGGCCGAUUAGAGUAACCAUAUUUUAUGGCUGCUGCUAGUGGAAGUGGUUCAAACAGUGGUGGUGGUGGUAGCGGUGGAAAGAAAAGAAUGGAGGAGAAUACGGUUGAGAGCCUGGCGGAGGUGUUCCGAUGUUUCAUCUGUAUGGAGAAGUUGCGGGACGCCCGUCUCUGUCCUCACUGCUCCAAGCUGUGCUGCUUUAUGUGCAUCAGGAGAUGGCUGACAGAACAGAGAUCACAGUGUCCUCACUGCAGGGCCUCCCUCCACCUCCAUGAGUUGGUCAACUGUCGGUGGGCAGAGGAAGUGACCAACCAACUGGACACACUCCAGCUGUGUACACUGCCCAGCAGGACAGAGGACAGUGACAAGGAUAAAUGCGAGCUGCACCAUGAGAAGUUGAGUGUGUUCUGCCGUUCCUGCUCAAAAUGUAUCUGUCAUCAGUGCGCACUCUGGGGCGGUACGCAUUCUGGUCACACUUUCAUGCCACUGGAUGAGAUCUAUGAUGAACACGUGUCUAGGAUCCGCGAGGAGAUGAACCAGCUGAAGAGACGCCAUAUUGAACUGAUCAGUCUGGUGCAGGAUGUGGAGAGAAAUGUUGAGAGUGUAAAAAAUGCCAAAGACGAGAGAGUGCGUGAGAUUCGCAAUGCAGUGGAGCUGAUGAUUGCCAGACUGGAGUCCCAGCUGAAGAGCAAACUAUUGACUUUGAUGGGUCAGAGGAACCAGUUGACCCAGGAGACGGAGAUGAUGGAGUCAGUGAUCCAGGAGAUUGAACACCAGCUCCACCUGUGUUGUAAGAGUGAGUUGAUCGUGGAGAGUUCCAACGUAUUACAGAUGUUCCAGCAGGUCCACAGGAGACCCAUGGCCUCCUUUGUCACUGCCCCUGUACCCGCUGACUUUAACAGUGAGAUAGUGCCAGCAUAUGACAGCAGUACCUUUGUGAUGACUAACUUCACUGGUCUCCAGCAGAGGGCAGACCCAGUCUACAGCCAGCCACUCCAUGUCUCUGGACUCAGCUGGAGACUCAAAGUGUACCCUGAUGGCAAUGGUGUUGUGAGAGGAAACUACCUGUCUGUAUUCCUGGAACUGUCUGCUGGACUGCCUGAGACUUCUAAGUAUGAGUACAGAGUAGAGAUGGUCCACCAGGCAUCACGAGAUCUCACCAAAAACAUCGUCCGUGAGUUUGCCUCGGACUUUGAGGUUGGCGAGUGCUGGGGAUAUAACCGGUUCUUUCGCCUGGACCUCCUGGCCAGUGAGGGGUACCUGAACACAGAGACGGACACCCUUAUCUUGAGGUUCCAGGUCCGUCCUCCAACCUAUUACCAGAAAUGCAGGGACCAGCAGUGGUAUAUCAACCAGCUAGAGUCGGCCCAAACACAGUUUAUAGGGCAGGUCAAUGACCUGAAAGAGCGCCUAGCUAUUGAACUGUCUCGCCACCAGACUUCCCACCAGAAAUGUCCAUCACCAGACAAUCAGACUGCAGCCCGCCCUGAGGCUCCCCCUGGUGGUGUGGCCAGUAAUACCAGUGGUGGCAGUAGUGGUGGCAAGCCCCCCAUAUUGUACCCCAAGCCAGUGAGGGCAGCGGUCAGUAUGGAGCUGGACAUGCAGAUGGAGGAGGAGAACCAUGACGAUGACAGCAGUAGCAGCUCUGCUUCUACUGAGAAUUUGAGUGAAGUUCUCCAUGACCAUGAUGAGACCAAUGAAGAGCUUGAAGAACAAAUUCUUGAAGAGAGCGCAGAAAUCAGCAAUGAUGAAAACGACAUUGAUGAAGAAACCAUGUCUCUUGACAAUGAUGUUGAGAACAGCCGGCAGUGGGAGAGCCAGGAGACGGCUGCCUUGGGUGGGGGAGACUCUGCCAGGAAUAGAGAAGGAGAUGAUGAUGAGCUGGUGCUGUUACAGCUAUUAGACCUGCAGGACAGGGGGUCAGAAGAGAGGAGGGUCACCUUCCCAAAACCCAAGAGAUACACCUCCAACACCACCUUGAAUGCUACUGCUCCUGCCCCUACCAGUGCUGCUACUACUGCUACUGCUACUGCUACUGCUGCUACUGCUGCUACUGCUACUGCUGCUGAGCCUGCUGUGCCGACAGGUGACAGACAGUUUCCUGCAUCUGACCUUCACCAGCAAACUGAGCAGUGGAUAGAGAGGGUCAAGUCUUACCUGGAGCGGGUGUCCAGUAGCAGGAAGCACAAGUCUAAAGACAGCGGUCAGAGAAGACCAGCUCAUUCUAGUCGGGUCAGCAGUGCCAAAGAUCGCUUCCACUCUGAGCUGGCGGAGUUGGGAGUGUCCUUGCCACCAGGGGGAAGCAGCAGUGGCAGUGCAACAGGGUCCUCCGCUCAAGAGAGACUGACAGCAUCGCGUCCCACUGCCAGACUGUCUAGUCCAGACCUACAGCAAUCUCCCAAACUACAGGAAGAUGGUGCAGCCAAUGAAAGCCAUUCUACCACAGGUGACCUAGAUGGCGAGCACAGCACCCCGAGUCUCCCGGGGAGUCCUCUGGACAGUUCCCUAGAGCAGUACCCCAUCUCAGACAUCUCCACAUCAGAGGUGGCCUGCAUCCCUGUUCUGAACACUGCCAGACUGGUGGCCAGGAUGAGUCAACUGGUAGAAGAAGCCACCAAAGCCGAGGCAGCUGCUGCGGCAGCCAAUGGGGCUCCCAGUGGGCCAGGAGGAGGAGAUGCAUCCAGAGACAGUGCAACUCCAGGAGGAGAAGAUGCCAGUGAAGACCCCAGUGCUGACAGAGGUCCCAGCUCCCAGGGAGACAGCCUGGGCCCAGGUGGCAGAUCCCAGGGAGACAGCCUGGCCUCAGGUGGCAGAUCCAUGGGUCCCAGCAGGGUCACCCCCACUGUGGAGUUUAGCACCAAUGACAAGAAAAGCCCAAGAAGUUCUGUCAUAUGAAUCCUGAUUUUUAAGGAAACAGAGUUGAAGAUAUACCAAACAACUGCAUAAUGAACUAGUUCACUUGGAACCAGUGGUGUAAAACCCUCUCUCGGAUUCUCAGUAACAACGACCUGCUGUUUAUAUCCUACAUAUGAAUAGAAGGAGGAACAAAAGCAGGAUGUAGAAUGUUUUCACUCCUAGAAGCCAAAUGUUACAAAUGACAAAGAGAGAAGGGCACUGCUUUGUUACAAUACACAUGAAUUGCCAAAUAUGCAAAUAUUUCACAUUCAGCUAAGUAGAUUAGAUCCGGUUAUCAACAUAAUAUUUAUGUAUGCUGUUUCAAAUUUCUGUUGAACAAAGCCUACUUGCACCUCUAGCACUGUUAUAUAGCCCAGUAUUACCUUGCUAAAAGACCAUUACAGUAUUUUUCCUUUGUAAUGCACAUUUCCUCACAUAAUUCUUUAUAAGCAAAAAGAUUAAAAAAAACAAUUAUACCUUGUUUAACUCUUUUGAACUAAGUUUGUGGAGCACUAGUAAUAAAAUAACACUACAGGAGGAGAUGGGGGGGGGGGGGAGGCUCUCAUUUUUGAGCUUUGGCUCCAGCUUACAGCCAAGAGCACUUGCUAUUUUCCCUAUAACAUGCUGAAAACUGCAGACCAUGUAGAACACUGGAUUAAUGAGGUCAGCAUUUAGUUAACAUUGCUUGAAGUUUUUAAGAUCAGUUUUCAACCAAUUUUGUUUCUAGAGAGAUAUGAAGUUGAAUUGACAUGCUGCACUGAAAAUAUAUGGAAAAGUGCAGAUAGACUAGCAGUAACCAGGCUGGAAUUUGGUUGGGAGAUGAAUGUUGGGUGUCAGAGCUAAUUUAUAAUAUGCAGAGAACUGUUCAAUAUGACAAAGAAUUCCAGUGUCCACAAAAAAGCUAUGGAAAAUUUUCCACCUAUAUAUUUACUAAUUUUCUAGAUACUUACAACUGUGGACGAGGAUUCUGUACAAUGAUGCUAUUUGUUUCCUUUUUUUCCCCAAAAAAAUACAUAUUCAAUUUUUUUUCAAUCUGUGGACCAAGUUCAUCUGUGCUCACAUGUCAGUUUACCAGUAAAAAAUUAAUAGAGGAAUAUGUGUAAUUCUUAUUGUGAAAGGUCAGGGUUAGAGUAGAGAUUUUGCAUGCUACAUGGGAAUUGGUUGUCUUUGGGACCAGGUACACGCAUUCCCUGAAAUGUAACUGAGGUUUCUGUUGAUCAGCAUUAGAGAGGAGUUUUAAGAUUAUCGGAUAGGAUUGUCAAAUGCUACAAGUGGUGCUGAGGAUUGAGUGUUUUUUUUUUCUUUUUCUUUACUUACUGUUUUUGUGCAAUAUGAAAUAAAAUGUUUA